GUCGUGUAUGAUUGAAUAAAUCGAAAUACGUACUGUCCGUUGGUAAUUAUCGGCGCAAAUGUUUGGAUUGGGAACAAAGAGAAACUUACGUGGUAAGUUUCUAGAUUGGCAAGUUAUUAUUUGAAAAGCAAUUAUCGCUCGAUUCCAAGCGAUGUAUUCACGACUGCGAUGAUACGAGUUGAGAAGAAAUGUCGGCUCGGUAUGCUGUAAGUAGCGAUUCGUGUAAUGCGCGACACGCUUAUUCGCGUAAGAAAUCGACCGAUCGAUGGUUGACUCGCUUCUAUGCGUGGUGACCAACUAUUUACAUAUAUACAGCUACGUAGUUACGAUUUUCGAGCAGACACCGUUGUACGUUAUAUUUCGUGUAAUACAAACUGGAAUAUAUUUCUAUAUUUUACUUGGUUCUAUCCUUGGAGAAUAGAACCAAGUAGUUACUGUGGCAAAUAUGUCCACUCACGUCCGUGUUGUUCCUGCUUAGGUUUGAGAAAAGAUCUUGGAAAGAGGUAGAAUAACGACAUACGUAUAUCGUCGAGCGAGGCAGAUUCGUAUAUCGUACGCGACGUUGCUUUGCAAUUGGGUGAAUUCCAGAGAGGUGAACCAGAGAGGUGAAUUAAAUAUUUUCAAAGAUAUGUACAAAUAUUUAUCGCUGUGCCGAGAGAGGGAAAAGUUUCGUGCUCGGCUGAUCGAUGCGAUGAAGCAGAGAGGAAAGAGAGAAAAGGGGGAAGGAGAAGAGGCGAAAGAUGACGACGUGAUCGUGGAAAAUAACGAUGACAUUUUACGCUACUACUAUUAUUUGACCCGAGGCAUCGACGAUACUUACGUAGGAGCAAUGGACGUGGAUCUUCUGAAGAAUAUAGUGAAACGCGUGCCGACCAAAUGGAAAGAGAAGUUUAAAGAAUCGUUGAAUCGUUUGGUAGAGGAAGCGAAGGAGGGAUAUGUAUUGAACGUGAAGAUGUCAGUUGUAGAGUUUGUUAUCGGAGACUCGAUGUAUUGUUCGUUGAAAGAGGCAGAUCGACAGAUCGUUGCACCGUCGCAGGCAGGCGUUCUCCUUUCUUUCUCGCAACAACACUCGGUUGCGCAAGUUUGGAUAACGCUGGUCCAAGCACGAUGA